AUGCCUAAGAAUAAGGGAAAGGGUGGUAAGAACAGGCGUCGUGGAAAGAACGAGAACGACAACGAGAAGCGUGAGCUCGUCUUCAAGGAAGAAGGCCAGGAGUAUGCGCAGGUCGUGAAGAUGCUCGGCAACGGCCGUCUGGAGGCCAUGUGCUUCGACGGCGAGAAGCGACUGGCGCACAUUCGCGGCAAGCUGAGGAAGAAGGUCUGGAUCAACCAGGGCGACAUCAUCCUCCUCUCGCUGCGUGACUAUCAGGACGAAAAGGGCGACGUGAUCAUGAAGUACACCGCCGACGAGGCCAGAAGUCUCAAGGCCUACGGCGAGUUGCCCGAGCACGCCAAGAUUAACGAGACCGACACCUACGGCCACGAAGGUUUCGAGGACAACGUCGAGUUCGACGAAGACCGUGAGAGCGAAGACGAGAAGGAGAUCGAUGUCGACGACCUCUAA